AUGGCCCCUCGUAUUCACAUCAAACAACCCGAGACUCGCACCGAAUCAUGCCAACUCGAGAUCCUCGUGGUCGGCGCUGGCCUUGCAGGCCUUGGAGCCGCGAUUAGCUGCGCCUUGUCCGGCCACAAAGUGCACAUACUUGAAGCGGCAAAGGAGAUCAAAGAGGUUGGUGCGGGGAUCCAGGUGCUGCCGAACAGCUCACGGGUUCUUCAGCAUUGGGGCUUGGAGGAAGCCCUAACCCCGUACAUGACGAACCCGAGUGUGUGCAACUUCAACGGCUGGAAAGGGAACAAGAUUUCGUUCUUGGAUUUUGCCGCCUCGGAGAAGGACUACCCUGGGACAUGGUACCGGGAUUUCCAUCGCGCAGACCUCCAGCGCUGUCUCGUGGAUCGGGCCUUGGAGCUGGGUGUCAAAAUGACGUGCGGCGCGCGCAUUGUCACUGUGCGAGUCAGCUCAGACGAGACAACUGCAACAGCUGUCGCAGCUGACGGGAGAGAAUGGUGCGGUGAUCUCGUCGUGGGAGCCGACGGGGUGUUUGGUAGCUUGACAGAAGAGUUGCUCGGGCGCAGUGAUCCUCCAGUUAAGACUGGAGAUCUUGCAUACCGCUUGCUUCUGUCUACGGAAGAGAUGCGCAAGGAUCCUGAACUUGCGCCGUUCGUGAACCAGCCCCAAGUGAAUUACUGGCUGGGCCCAGAUGCACAUGCUGUCAACUAUGUUCUUCGCGGGGGAGAUCUCUUCAACAUGGUUCUCCUAGUGCCAGAUGAUAUCCCCGAAGAGUCGCUCGCUACCACUAUCAAAGGAAAUGUCGAGGAAAUGUGUGCCCUGUUCAAGGGCUGGGACCCAAGAGCCAGAAUCGAAAGGUUACUGAAGCUUUGUGAGUCAGUCCAAAAGUGGCGCUUGUGCAUCCGAUUCGGCGAUUUCGACUGGAGCCAUCCAUCGGGAGCAUGGAUUAUGCUGGGUGACGCAGUACACUCUACUUUGCCAUAUCUCGCUUCGGGAGCGGGUAUGGCCUUCGAAGACGGAGCGGUUCUGGGCGAAUGUCUGUCCCGACUCCCUGAUAAUCCAUACACUACAAAACAUUCUCCCGACUUCCUGGCAGCCAAACGACACGCUCUAUCUGUAUUUCAGAAAUGUCGGAAGCAGCGAACCAAGAUGGUGGUUGAACGAGGGAACAUUCAACAGUACCUAUACCACCUCCACGACGGACCGGAGCAAGAAGAAAGAGAUCGUAAAAUGCAGAUGGUUCCCACGCCAGAAGGAGAAGCUUUAGCCUGGCGCGAUCCUGGUCUAGCACCGAAGCUGCUGGGAUACGAUCAUAUCGCAGACGUUGACCGAUGCUGGGGAGCUGCACAAAGCAGCGAGGUGAUAGAGUCUCGACUGUAG